CCGGGAUCAGCUCAUGGGAUCAACAGCGGGGUACAGCAAUAUGGAAGGUGGCCUGCUUAUUGGGGGUCAUUUGCCCACUUUGUUCUUCACGCAGGUGUCUGGUACAUUAUCUAGCAAUUUCGUCACUUCCUUUGUCGUCGUUUCUGAAUUUCCUCUACUCUCCCUAACUCUCAUUUUUCAGACAAUCAUCCUUCAGAGUAGUGAGGAUGCGUAGCUCGAGGGUUUUCGCACUGGCUCUAGCAACGCCACGACUAGUGCUUGCCCAAUGUCCCGACUACUCGGAUUACUCGCAACAGUUCCACGAGCCGCUUAGCUCGGGCAAAUACAAGCUCUCGUACCAGCGCCCAGCGCCCCGAUGCCGAACUUUCAAUUCGACAGGCGUCGAGGAUGUGGUCAAGCGCAUGGAGUCUGUAAUCAAGGACCCAGAUCUCUACCGACUCUUCAGUAAUGCAUAUCCGAAUACGCUCGAUACGGCGAUAAAAUGGAAAGGAUAUGCUGCAAACAAUUCGGCUGAGGAAUUGACAUUCAUCAUUACUGGAGACAUCAAUGCGAUGUGGUUAAGAGAUUCAGCGAAUCAGAUGCAGAGCUACCUUCCUCUUCUAAACGCUAGCAAUGACCCAAACUCGAUCGCGAGCUUAUACAGAGGCGUGAUAAAUCUUCAAGCUCGAUAUCUUCUCACGUCACCAUACUGCAACUCCUUCCAGCCUCCAGCAGAAAGCAAGAUCCCGCGGGCCCCGAACCCAAGCGCAAGUCAAGAUAAUGUCUUCCCAUUCUACUCUAAUGACUUCGUCUUCGAAUGCAAGUACGAGCUAGACUCUCUCGCAGCAUUUCUCGAAGUCUCGGCAAACUAUUAUAACGCGACAGGUGACGCCGCCUUCUUCGGCAAAUUCUCCUGGGUCCAAGCGGUGGAAACAGUCCUGAAAGUUGCAGAAGACAUGAUGACGCCCACCUACGGCGCCGACGGGCAAGUCCUCCAAAGUCCCUACACAUUCACACGGCUCACUACCCGUGCAACGGAAACCCUCGCAAACGAUGGCCUCGGAAACCCGGUGGCCAAUGGUACGGGCCUGAUUCGCAGUGCUUUCCGUCCCAGUGACGACUCUACCAUCUUCCAGCUCUUCAUUCCGGCCAACAUGAUGUUUAGUACCUACCUCUCGUCUACCGCCGAGAUCAUGUCCAAACUCAACACCACCGGCUCAGGCUCGCUAGCCCAAAAAAUGACAUCUCUCUCUACAUCCCUCCGAUCGGCAAUCGAGGACCAAGGGACAGUAAACCACGCCGCCCAUGGCAAAAUCUACGCCUUUGAAAUCGACGGCUUUGGCGCGCAGACUAUUAUGGACGAUGCAAACAUCCCAUCACUCCUCUCCGCGCCAUUCCUCGGUUACCCAGUAGACCCUUCCACCUACGCAAACACGCGCGAUUUCAUCCUAUCCGCCACAAACCCGUACUUCAUGCGCGGUCCCGUUAUCAAUGCUGUCGGGGGUCCGCAUGAAGGGCCUGGAAUGGCAUGGCCGAUGGCGUCGAUAGAGAUUGUGGGGGAGUUGAGGCAGAUAUUGAGGAGUACGGCGGGGUUAGGAUUAGUCCAUGAGAGUGUGAAUAGUUUCAAUGAGACUCGUUGGACGCGGCAGUGGUUUUCGUGGGCGAAUGGCUUGUUCGGCCAGAUGAUUCUAGAUUUGGAUAAGAGGAAGCCAGAAACGUUAUUGUGGGCUAGUGCUACGUUUCUCUCGUGCGAGGCCAGGCUUAGAGUGUUGUGA